CAAAGUUUUCAGGGAGUGGGAAGAGAGGUUCCUACUCGCAGUACGCGCACCCGGCGCACCAUUAACAAAUUUGUCAUUGACCGCGUUAUCAGUUGGAAAGUGUACCAUUCUGAUAGAAUUUUACACAAAAUUCGGUUUUACCUUACGUUCAGGUUGUCGGUUCAUUAAUAAUUAAUUGCAGCAAAAUGUCGAAAGACGUGCCUCCACCAUACAUGUCUGGGCCUCCACCAGGAUUUAACCCUGGUGCUCCUGCAGGCCACUAUGCUCCAGGCCAAUAUCCACCUCCACCCACUACAUCUGACCAAAUUAAUGAACAUCAAACAGUGAUCGUGACUCACACUGCAUUAGUUCUGGGCCCGGAACCAACACGAACCGUCUGCCCUCACUGCCAUGCCAACAUCGUCAGCACUAUGGAAGUUGAAGCUAAUACGAAAACGCACUUGUUUGCACUAAUUCUUUGCCUUUUUGGCUGCUGGCCCUGCUGCUGUAUUCCGUACUGUAUGGAUUCGUGCCAGAGCAAAAAGCAUUUUUGUCCAAAUUGCCGCGCCUAUCUGGGCGUUUUUUCGGAUUAGAAAACGAGCAAAAUGUGAGAAAGGCGGUUUGGCCGCUAUUUAACCAAAGAGCUGAAGCCUCGACCAAUUUCAAGUAUUCUUAUUAUAUACACAAUGUAUUUAUGUAACCGUUUGUUGUUAGUUUCUUUUUGUCAAACUAGUUCUAAGUGUUAAUUGCCAAUUUCAGAAUAAUUUUUGAUUUUUCGUUGGUUUGACUGUUUACCAAUGACCAUUUCUAAGUUAGUUAGGAGUUUAGCUUUGAAAUUAAUGCAUUUAAUGACUUAAUUACAUUUGUGAGUAGAAA